UCCAACAGGCAAAAUGGCACACAGUGAGUUCGGUCGAGGCACUCACUAAAACUCGCUCGCUCACUCACUCCUUGGUGGGGUAAACCACGAAGCGGGAUGGUCUCGAAAGCGACUCGAGGGUAUUUUCAUCGCGGCAGUGCAACACGUGCACCCAGUACCGCCGGUGCACGCAUUCGUCUCGAUCACUCUCUUGCAGCUCGCGCUACCAAAUUUGUGUCGGUCAGCGGGUGCGUUCAACCACCGGAAAAUGUGAGUCGCUAACUGUAGUGAUUGCUUCCGUACAUUUUAUUGUACCGUUAACUCGCGAUCAAACGAUCGGUGAACGACUUGGGCUUCGGUGGGACCGACGGACGCCUCAUCGUUGGAGAACAUUAGCGAGCGAGAUGUAGACGAGCCAAAUGACGCCAACAUUGUUACCCGCGAGAUGGUAAUAUGGCGAACAUCAAAGUGGCCGUGCGCGUGAGACCGGUAUCUACUAGGGAAUUAAACUUAACGGGGUCCGCAGUAGUGGUCCGCGCGGAAUCGAACGAGAUCUCCCUGACGAAUCUGAAGGUAUCGUCGAGCAAGGUCGGUGACAGUCGCGAAAGGACCCGGAAAUAUGAUUUCGAUUACUGCUUCGAUUCGUCGGAUCCUGAGGCGAAGAAUUACGCCACUCAAGCGACGAUCUACGAGACGCUCGGCCAGUCCAUCCUGGAUGCCAUGUUCUCUGGAUACAAUUCUUGUCUGGUCGCAUACGGACAGAGCGCAUCGGGGAAAACCUACACCAUGAUGGGCACGAAGGAGGAUCCAGGAUUGAUUCCACGACUCUGCGAAGGAAUCUUCUCAAAGGUCGAACAGGAGAGCGAGCACGAGAGGAUCUAUCGCGUGACAGUUAGUUAUCUCGAGAUAUAUAACGAGAGAGUGAGGGAUCUCCUGAAGCCGUCGACGAGCACGAGCGGUCUCCGAGUUCGAGAACAUCCUCGACUAGGACCCUAUGUUCAAGGUACUCCGCUAGUUUACCGUGAAACGUCGCGACCGAGAACGCCGGCUAAAAUUCCUCGAAAGUCUUCUUACUCACAGAGAUUAACGCACCAUGUGGUUCGCACCCUGGGUUCGUUGAUAUCAUACGUGGAGGAGGGCGCGAAGGCCAGGAAGACAGCCUCGACACUUCAGAACCCCAGCAGCAGUCGCAGCCACGCUCUGCUGACCGUCGACCUCUCGCAGGAGACGACCGACGCCGAGCGUCCCAACGGCAGCGGUACUCCCGUGUCCUCCAGGAGGCAGGACGCCACUUCGCGCGGCGGUAGCAGGUUGCACCUAGUCGAUCUGGCGGGCAGCGAGAGCGCGGCCACCUGCAGCGGCGUUCAUCGACUGAAGGAAGGUGCAAAUAUCAACAAGAGCCUGGUGGCUUUAGGGAACGUGAUAUCCGCACUCGCCGAGAGAGGCUCAACCGGGAGUAGGCCAGGAAGAAGAUACAUCCCUUACAGAGACUCUUCGCUUACUUGGCUGUUGAAGGAUGCACUCGGCGGAAAUGCCACCACCAUUAUGCUCGCCACAAUAUCCCCGGCUAGCGGAAGUUACAACGAGACCGCGCACACCCUACGAUUCGCGCAGAGAGCGCAGAGCGUGGUCAAUCGACCAGUGGUCAACGAGGAUCCCGUGGAGAGAAUCAUCCGUGAGCUAAGGGCCGAAGUCGCCAGAUUAAAGUCUUUAUUAUUGGAAAAGGAUAUCGACCAGACUAAGGCGCCGUGCUGCUGCGGCAAAGUUCAAAGUUCAAAGGAUUCCGCGAGAGAUCCUCAGUAUCGCGAGGAACAGGAAUCGUUCAACACUUCGCGACUCGAGGAAUUCGAUGAUAAGGAAAAGACUGUACAAUCGAAAGAUAACAAAUUUCUGGAUGUACUUCCGAUAAGAAGAUUCAAUUCCAGUGAUAGUGUGACGGCUUGCGAGACGGGCUCUUCAGGGCCCAUCAGAAGAUUCAAUUCCUACGAGCAUCUGCAACUCUCGAAUCGCUUCGUCGGCAAUUACAACCAGGCCAAGGUUACAGAGCUGAACGACGAGGACGACGAGGUGGUGGACGAGAUCAACGAACCGGUCUUCGUGGACAUACCGACGCUGGUGGCUGUGCUGAUCAAGCCGGACGACAGCCUGCAAGAGUCGUCGGCGCAGAUCGAGGAGAUUUGUUCCGACGAAGUGCAAGAAGAUUCGAUCGAUGCCGAUUUUAUAGAGGGCAGCAACGAGGAUUUCGAGGGGUCGGAAAGGAUCGACGACGUCGAUCCUGACAAUCGCAGCAGUUCGGCGAAUUCUUGUAUCUUGAAAGACUCGGAGAUCGUUGAUCUUCAUCAGAUUACGUCAGCAUGCCCUCCGCCAAGUCCGGCGUCCGUUGGAAGAAGUAAACCGAGAGGUAAGUUCAGUAAGCAAAACUCAGUCGAUUUGCCUUCGUCGAACUUGAACGUCUCGAAGAAGUUUGGCUCGAUCGACGGGAUCAGCAAGAAGGAACCAACUUUCGGCGUUCAGCGAUCGCACACGAACUUGGAGAAACGUCCGACGUUGCCCGAUCGUGGGAAGAAGCUCAAUAAUAUCCGCGAGAUAGACGAUCGCAAGACAAAUGUUAAGUCGGGUAGCAUCUGGAGGGCGAUCGGCAGCAAGGACCAUCUGCAGAGAAAGAGCAGCAACGAGUCCGACAAGAGUUUAAGGGACUCCAUCAGUGGCAGAACAGGUAGCUACAGCAGCAUCGGCAGAAAAUCGAGUUUGGAGAGCUUGAAGAGGAAGACCAGCAAGGACAGUAGCUCGAGCAGCUCUAAGGACGAACAGAUCUUGUUCUCGAGCUUGGCGCGCGACAAGCUAACGCGCAGAAAGAGUUCGUUGGACCAAGAAGCGGUAGCGACAGCGGUCGGCGGUUUAAAAAAUCACACGGCUAUUCAGAGAGUAAAGCGCGCCGAGAUUGUCGCGGCCGUUACAGAAAGGCUCUACUCGAGCCGAAAGCAUGCGGAGGAGAGUAAUAUGCCCAGUAGCAAUGCGUCAGAUACGCGUUCACCACCGGAGGGCGAUGUGAAGAUGCCAAACAGUCUCAUAGCGCGAUCGAAGCUCCAGGAAAUUUCACGCAAAAUGUUGAUGAAACGACGAAGGAUCACCGUUGACACGCAGACGGAAACGGCGUCGACGCUGCGCUUCAAGGAUACGGCGUGUCUGACGGACCAGCCGAAGGUGGUUCUCCAAGACGCAGCGGUUCUCACGGACGAUCACGCGGACGGAGAGGUCGCGGUGUUCGCGACGACGGAUCGCCGAUUGCCUGUUCUCAGAGUAAAGGACGUGGCAACGCUGACGGAUCGACGGCCGCCAACCAGCAUCUUCCGCUGCAAGGACGCCGAGAGCCUGACCACCGAUCUCGACUUCGACGACUACGAGCUGCACUCGCCGCGAAAUGACUCCGGUAUACUUUCCGACGACGCGCAGAAUUACGCCGAGAGUAAUCUGUCCAGCGUUGACGUGUCCGAGCUUUUUCCGGAGGGCGGUGACAAAAGAGUGCCGUGCGUGGACAGCUCGACCAACACGUUCCUCGCGGGAAAAAACCUGGCCGUACAAACGGUACGCUCGGAAACGGCGAGUCGGCAGAAAGAUCACUCGGAGAGCAGAAGUUACAGCGGAUGCUGUAGUUUGAUUCACGAGCUCAGCCAAAACGCGCGAGCAAGUAGUCCCGAGAAAAACAUUAUCUCCAUAUCUCUACCGGAAAUGAUCAGCAUAACUAUCGAGAGCACGAACACUCUAGAAUCAAGGAUCGCGGUGAUCGACGGCAGCGAUGCCGUGGAGGAGAAACCGAAAUCCAUUUCCAGCGACAAGGCAGCUCAGACGGAUGAAGAGAUUAAAAAUGGAACUGAAGGAUGUCUUCUAAAGGAUUUUGCAGUUAAGUCGACGGCCAUUCAGGCGGACGGCAGAGUUUUCAGAAUCGAGAAUAUCUUUCAGGAUCCGAAGAGCAAAAGCUGUCAAGACGCGUCUUCCGAUCUGAAGAAAGAGACUACGAUGAAGAAGUCGGUAACUUUUAGAAGUUCCUUAGGCACUUCCUCCGUCAUCGAGACGGAAGAGAACGGCGCAGAGAUGGAAUGGAACGGAAUAUACAAUGGUGAUGCCUGUCAGGGAACGCGGCCGAUUCCGAAGGGCAGUUUAACGCAGGCUUUCAUCGUUAAAAAACGUAGCUAUAGUUUGAGUCCUACAAGAUCAACACACAGACUUGCCCGUCAUGAUCUAUGGAAGAACUGGACCCUUCCGUGUCCAGAAAGAUCGAAAUUUACCGAUUAUAAUACAGAGACUGUGCCAUCUUUUGCGCAGCAAGAUAUUAAUUUAGAACUAGUUGAUGAUUUGAUUUCUUCCACGAUAAACAGCGAAUACACGUUUGCCGAUACAAUUUCAGAAAAACCGGCUCGGGAAACGUGUAAAGACUCGCGGAAUAGCUGCAAGAAUGUGAAGAAACCGAAAUCUAUUUCGUUAAAGAACUUAUUAAGCUGCGAUCACAAUUUUUCAGAUGACAGUCUUGAUUAUGACGAAGACAAUGUCGCGAAAAAAACAAUCGAGAUGAAAGCGUUAAAUGAUGAUGAGAAUUACGAGAACUUUUGUCCUCCGGAUGUCGUUGCGCACACGAAGAAGGAAGCUUCGAAAUCGGUGAAUCAUGUAAAUUCGACUAACGUCGAGUCCUGGAUAGACGAUAAUUUUGACGAUACUCAGAUAGAUUUUCCGAAAAGAAAACCUGAUGAAAUAUUAGAGAAGAGUCCAAUGCAGCAUUACAAGGAAUUGAUUCUAGGGACAUCGUUAUACGUUGUGGAUAGUGAUUCUGAAGAAGAUGCAAAAAUCAAACAGCUUGAUAAUACCAGCAAGAAGAAGGUGUCUUUUUCAAAUCCCAGUAGCCUCGAGAAGAUAAUUGACGUCGUGUCUAAUCGUAAAAUUCUGGCAUCAAAGCAAAACUCAGAGAUAGCUUUAAAGCCCAUUAUCAAGAAGGCGAGGAAGAAGCCGGUUGUGAGUGAAAGUUUAGACAUCAUUCGAUCGAAUGUCGAAACUGAUCAGUCCUUACAGCGGAAAAAGAUAGAAUCAACGAAGAGCGAGGAAGUUCUGCCUGCCUUGAAAGAGAAUCGUGAUUCUGAGAAGAACUCCGAAGAACCGCUUAACGACGAGAAGAGGAACUUCUCCAAUGAGGAUCCUCGCAACAAAGUUGUCGAAGGCAGGAUCAUCGACGAAGACACGCAUUCUCGUACGGCGUCGAAGAGAAAUAUUCUUGAGGAGUAUCUGAACGAGGCAAUAACCUUCAUGCGCAACAUGAACUCUAUCAACGAGUACAUGAGUGCCACAAACAUGUUGGAGAACUAUACGAGGCGUCGCAGAAGACGAGUAGGUCGUCGUGGGAGUAAUCCGAGCGCGGAUAAAGAUUACAUAGAGUUCCGAGGGCGCAGAGUGAGCCUGAAGGAUGACACCGACAAAUACUUGCGACCGGACAAUGGUGAAAUUGUUGCUAUCGAGUCCUACGUAAAAUGUUUGAGAGGCAUCGAAAGAUUGGAGGCGUGCAUCGAUAAAGUUAGCAAGCACAACCGGAUCCUGCGAGACAGAUACGGCAUCGAUGUCGAGUCUGCUGGCGCUAAAUCGAGUUUAGCGAGUUCCAGUGUAGACUCCAAUGUGCCCAGCAUCAGUGACGGCGAUGUCCAUCAAUGCGGGGACGCGGUUUCCGAAAAUAAUGCUGAGAAUUGCGACGAGUCCAAUCUUUCCGGGAUUCCCUUGCCGCUUUUGUCUUCCACGCGAACUGACGUCGCGAAACGAUUUACGUUUAAUGAGACGGAAAAAUAUCGAGCUGAAAUAGAUAAACACGAUCUUGACGACAAGAACAACAAUAUUACAACUGAGGAUGAUCUCGAGCGUAAAAUCUUCGAUCAACUAAUGCGCGCGGCCGACCUUGGUAAAUGCUGGAGUCCGAGGCAAUCCCGACAGGAACGCCUUCGGAAAAUAUCCGAUUUUAGAUCGCAAAGCCCGACAACUUACUCCAAGUUACGAGGGACUUUCCAACAGAACGCUCAUGGCAUCCUUAAUUUCGACAAAGUUUCCCCCGCCGAGGAUUAUCUCGGCCACAUUCGCGGAAUCGAGAGUAGCCCCUGGAUGUUUAGAAAAACGAAACUGUCGGAUCAAACGAAUGAUAUUAGCUCAAGCACAUCGAUCGAUCUUGAAAUUGAUUCUGAAGAAUUUUGUGACGAAGACAAUGGUAAUUCGUCAGAUAUCGAGGCGUCGAACGAGCCGACGAUUUUUCAGAUAAAACACAAUUAUCUAAUAGACUCUACAAAAUCGAUCGAAACAGAACCGCCCUAUGCGGAAAAAAAAAUUGCGCGAAGAUCAAAAGAUAAUUUAAGAACUGAGUUAACAAAUCCCAGUUUUGGAGAUUCUUUCACUUUAGAAUUGAAAUAUCCCGGUAGUCCAAGAGCAAAAUUUUUGGAGCUUUUAAGGGAGAGGAGACGUAUCGUAGAAAGCAGCAGAGGUACGAAUGCAUUUUAAAGAGAUCAAGCAUCAUUCAAGCAAUCUUACAUUACAGAUCUAUUUUUAACAUAUAUUUUGUAUUUUGAUCAGAGAAAAAGAGAGAAAGAGAAUAGUCGAUUUUAAUAAUUAUAAUAAUCGAUUUAUGUAUAAAAAUAUUUUAUGAGAAACUUGUAAAUAAUGGCAUCGUAAUAUUUGCGCAAGUUUCAUGUUUUCUUAAUUGCAUCAACUUUUUAAUUUAACAACUCAAUCACUAAAUGUAAUUAUAAUAAUAAUUGUAUCGAUUAAUUAUGUGCAAUUAUGUGCAAAGUAUUAAUGGACUUUAACUCCUAGAAAUAUGAUAGAAAAUGUAUAUAUUAAAGUGGUUUGUCCAAUUUUCACAUUCAAUAUUUAACAUUUAAUUUUUUGAUAUUGUCAUCAAAGUUUGAUAUUUGAGAUGUCAAACCUUGCAAAUUUCACAAUUUCACAAGUUCUAUAAAAAUUUUAAUUUAAAGAUCAUUAACAAUUUUCAUAUAUUAUGUAAUUCAACUAACGAUAUCUUGUACAUAAUGAUAAGUAAUAAUUUAUAAUCAAUAUUUCCAAAUUAAUAAUGCACAAAACUUGCUAAAAGAUUGCCCACUCUACAAAUUUUUAUACAACUUGUAUCAUAAAAAUACCAUAAAAUAUUAAUAAUAAGCUAAAACAAUUUAAUUUAUAAGAAUUGUAUUUAAGAACCGUUAAUCAUAUCUUUAUGAAAAUAUAUUAAUAUUGCAAUGUUAAAUCAUAAGAUAACAAAAAUAAUUAUUGUAUCAUUCAUA